UGCCCUGGGGGCUCUUGAGCAGGACCAACCUCUUUAUAAUUCAGUCUGUGUGGGUGUGACUAGCCUUAUGUAUUAAAAAUGAAAUCGAAAGUAUUGUAUUGAUACAUCAGAAUGGCGACAGCUCUCCAGUCAGACAAUGAAGACAUUUCUGCAACUAGUGAAUCUGACGCCAGUGAUGAGUCAAGCAAUGAUGGAGAUUCAGAUGUAGAUGUUGAGGCCAGUUGUCAGUCUAAUGUGGAUCCCUGCAAGUAUUACAACAACGGUCACUGUCGAGAUGGUAACAGGUGCCCUUACCCACACGUCUGCAAGUAUGCCCUGAGAGGAAACUGUAAAUAUGGGUCCCAGUGUAGGCUGAAGCACCCUGGAGGUGCACAGGAGUCCUCUCGUGGAAGCAGCAGGGCUUCGAAGCGUUCAACAUCUACAGAACCAAAACUUACUGACGGCCGAUACUACCAGUGGCAGCUGAAUGAUGGAAAUGGCUGGAAGGACAUUGACAAUGAUCACGUAAUCGAGGCCCAGUACUGCCUGCCCCAUACCAAAAGCAUUAAAAUCUACAGCACACCAUAUGGGGCUGUGAGCAUAGAUUUUAACAGGAUGAGAGUGUAUGGAAAAAGCCUGAGAGUGAGACGUUUAGAUGAUGGUAACACCGUGUGGCAGUGGUACUGCUUGUUGCGUCAUAAGUGGAUCAAGUAUGGAGACAAGGAUUCAAAGGGCAAUCCCACUCCUGUGAAGAGCUCAGACAUAGAGCAGAGGUUCAAGACUAAUGCAUCAAGCUCUUUUACUUUCAACAUUGGUGCUGAUUCCUUUGAAAUCAGAUUCAAAGAAAUGCGACAAGUGAGUAACAAGAGAAAGAGGAAAGUCACUCGUCGACCUGUGUACCGACAAUCACAAGGAGGAGUUUCUCAAGGUAUCCAGAAUAUGACUCUGGGUACCAAACCACAGUGGGAGUUUGAGGGAAGCAGUGGGAACUGGCACAUCUUCAAACACAGGCAGGUCGGCACUUCAACUGAAUGCUCAAUGACCAGCGAUGACAUUGAGAGGAAGUACCAGCAAAAUCCCCAAGGCAGCAUGACCUUCACAGUGAAAGGAGACUCCUACAAACUUGACUUCAGAGCAAUGACCCAAACCAACCAUAAGACCAAGCGCACACGCAAGGUCAGACGUGUUAUGGUGUGAGCAUCGUAGAGGAUUUUGACCUCCAGACAACAGUCCACAAACACUUGUGCAAAAACCAUAUGCAUCAUCGUCCUUUUAGGGCUCUUUGGGACUCUUCUCUCUCAACCUAAUGUCUCCGGCUGCAUUAAAACUAAUACAAAUCUGAUAUUCAUUUAUCUGGGAGGAUACUUUUUAGCGCUGGCUUUGAGUAGAUUUGGAUCUGUGGUAUAUUGGCUUUAUAAUGGGAAGUUGAAUACUAUGUUUAUAUUAAGGAGGAAUUCAGUAUAAAGAUUUAAUUAUCCUGAAGGACGUUGUGAUUUUUAAAAACUUGGUUGCCAUAGGGGACGGUGUCAAAAGGCUUUGAAGUGUACUGACACAUCAAAAUACUGCCUGACAAGCUUGCACUCCGAUCAUGUACUGUGCCGACAGGCCUCUUACAAGUGCUCAUCUUAAAAAGCUAUUUCCACCUUGAUUUGUCAUAUUACCAUUACUACACACUGCCAUAGCAAAAAGAUGAAAUUAUUUUAUGUUGCUAAAUCUGAGGAAUAUAUAAACUAAUGAUCAAACACUUCAGAAAUGAUCAGAUAUAAUAUUUGCUGUUACAUUCAAGCUGCCGUCUACACACUGCCUCUACUUGGCUGGCUGCAGACCAAAUGUAAUGCAAACUGAAGGUUAUUCUACAUAUUACCACUGAGGUGUUUUUACAUGACAUACCUCUGAAGCUGUAACCAAAGUCCUUAACUCAGGUGGUUGCAUUAUGCAAUCAAAUCCAUGUGACUGUAGAUGUAGGGCUCCUCAGUUCAUAUUAUUUUUGCUUGAUAUUGGAGGUACAGUCUGGGGUCUUAAGACACGUUAUACUUCAUUUGUAUUCUGCUUUAAUUAUUAUUUACAUGGACAUUAAAAUGAUUGCAAGUAAAAAAAAAAAAAACA